UUGGUAAGGCCCAAAAAACGGACCCACAAAAAUCGAACAAUUACCGGCCGCUUUGUUGUUUUUGUCGAGUACACUUUCAUGAGCUUUCUAAUAAUUCUUCUCUUAAUAGAAGAUAUUUUGUGGGAUAUUACAAUCUUCUACAGUUCUUGUAACUACAGUCAUGCGUAAAUACGUGGCGUAUUAUCAUAUUCCGAGUUCAGAGGAAGACGAGUGUUGCCAUGGUUACAGAGGCUAUCAGAGUUUACGGAGAGAGUCCAAAAUGAUCCUGUUUGGAAAACCGUUUCAUUCCGUGACAGACAAACGGUCACAAACCAACGACUGCGGAGAGAACAGCGUCACUAUCGUCACCGAGAAGAAAAUAGAAGAUGACGCAUCCGACUCUUCGAGCGGCGAAAACGUCGAUAUUGAAGAAAAAUCACUGCCUAUAGUCGAACCAACGUUAGAAGUGAACCAAUCGGGGGAUGGCCACGCAGCCCAGUGUUCCUGCCCCAAUUGUGAUGAGGUCCUCUCAAGAUACUCUGAAUGCAGUAUAUGCUUGGAGCCAUUACAGUGUUGCGGGCCAUGUGUCUGCCCAUGGUGUGGUGGGGUGUGGUGUGCACGCUGCUCGCGACGGAUGACGAGGUGCGCCUGGUGCCGAGGCGCCCUGCGGACUCCAGCGACCCCCUGCCUUGCGCUGCAACGCCUUAUUAAUGACCUGAUGCUGCCUUGCAGGAAUUAUAGGCGAGGAUGCACCGAGUUACUCACAGCAAACAUAAGAGUAAAACACGAAGAGGAAUGCAAGUUCGACACAAUGGUGUGUCCCAUCACGGCGACCUGCUGCUCCGUCCCCUUUGAGGAACUAUCCGCCCACCUCCAGUCCACCCACAACAUCAUAGCUGUCUACUCACAAAAGAUCAAAAUCCUCAUAGAAAACUUCCAAACGAAACUAAAGAAAACUGCCUGCUGUAGAACCAAAUAUAAAAUCAUCCUUCUCUACCAAAAAAGCGCUUUCAUCAUUAAAGUCUGCAUCUACAACUAUCACGUUAAAGUCGAAGUUAUGAGGAGGAAACUUGGUCACAUAGCUGAUGUCAAAUCGGAAACAAAGAAAAGCGACUACUGCGCUUUAAUCGAAUUUCAAAGUAAAGCUCUGUGUACAAAGUCGGCGAUACUCAUUGAGAAUGAAGCGUAUAGCAAGAAAGCUGAAGUGCAAUGGAGUGAUGUUGUUAUGAAAUCUGAAAACGAUGAAGCUAUAACAAUCCAUGUAAACAUAGGCAAAACAGAUAGCGAUCCCAAUGUUAAGGAAAUUUCUGAAACGUGACCGUGCGUUGAAAAAAUUGUGACUGAUCAAACUGCGAAUGUGAUAUUAGAUGUUCUUAUAAUGACAGUGCGUUCUGCUCAAUUGGACGUAGUUUCCAGGACUAUGUAUAUUUUUGUGUAUAAAUUUGUUUUAUGAAUAGACGUUUUCAAUCUAUUGGCUCUGCACUGUGUUCCUAUUAAAUUGUAUUAUAUAAUCGUGAAUAUUUGAAAUGUAUUCUAUCAAUUUACAAUAUUAUUUGUUUGACAUAAAUGCAAUAGUAAGUGUGCAUUACUUCGCGUUAUAUAAAUUUUUGUUAGCACAUAUUGAUCACUGUCAUGCAUUUCGUGCUGCUGGUUUUUGUCUCAAAUAUGAAUGUUUUACUAAUUAUUGCUAGCUGUACACAUUUAUAUUAUGGCCACGUAUUUAUCUGUAUAAGUUAUUUAUCAUCUCGCGUUAUUGAUUGGCACUAACAGUGAGUUAAACUAGUCAUUUAUUUUAUUGUCACAAAAGAGAGGAUACUGAAAAAACAUAUUGGAAAAACACAAUGAAUUUUGAUCACGUACUGUGCAACUUUGAAAUAACAUCAGUAAUAGACGGUUAAACUAACGUUUCAAAUGGGUUUGUUUUGUUUAUUUUUAUUUAUAGGUUAAAUUUAUUUUAAUCCCCAUGAAAUGUACUGCUAUGUAAUUUGUAUCUCAAUGCGUUUUAAAGUGCAUAAAUCCUUAUUGAAGCCCAGUUUCUUUUAAAUCAGUAAUGUUAAACAAAGAUAAUACAACAUCUUUAUUUUUAUUUUACUAUAUUUCUUUAAGAUGCCAAAGUACCGAAACACCAAUUAUACUUAGAGAUCCAUAGUUAAACAACUCAAUCUACUUAACAUUCUAUUUGUGCCUACGACAAUAAUAUAAUUUUGUACAUUUAUAUAUGGCCAUAUUAUAAGCUACUGAAGUAAUCAUUCCAUGUUAGGGAAAAACUGUUUAAGGCGGUUGUUAUUCGUAAAAUAGCAUUCAAUUGUUACAACGAUAUGUGACUGAUGUAGUUUAAGAUUUAUUUAAGUAUUUUGCAACGAUUAAACGUAAAAUAAAAUGUAAUUUAG